GCAGUAUCUACGCGCACUUACGUAAUGUAAUUAAAAAAAUAGUGGCUUUACCUCUUGUCGAAUACCAAUCGCAUUCGAUCGAACGAUGACACUCGAUUUAGCGAUAGUCCGUUUUAUUACGUCUAAUUUAAAAGGGCAGUAGAACCCGCAGUUUAUCGCGAGAGGGUGUGAGAGGGAAAAAGAGCGAGAGCGAGAGGGAGAGAGGACGGAUUGAAAUUACGCGCCGAGAGACGCGGUAAAGAUGGCACGUCGAAUCAAACGCGACGAUAUAGAUACGUAAGUAGAUGGUCGAAGAGGGAUCUGGGCAUGGGAGACUCGGUGUCGGCCAUAGUAGAAAUGGCGGGUGUUAGCUUACGUGAAUGACGGCGAUCGUGCUCGAGAUUAUUGUCGAAAAGCAAGUGUUCUGUGUGUGUUUCGCGGCACGGGAACGAUACCUCAGUAUCAUAUGAUUCAUCUGGAAGGUAAAAAUGCAGAAUGUAGCACAAGGAACGACCUCAGAUAGUCAGAAGCACGAGAAAUCAGCGAGCAUUCACCACGAUAUUGGAAAGACGUCGUCGACUCCCCAGUCUUCGAACUCAAGCCCUACCAAGUCAGAGACCGAAACCUUCUCCGAGUUGCAGCCACGUUUUAUGGCUGACUCGUCGGAGAGCGAGGAGGACAGUGGUUCUGAGGUGGAGUGUUUCCCAAUCGAUCAGGUUGAAUUAGACGAAGGUCAUCAUUUAGAGUCAUCCAAGUUUCUGUUAACCUCGGAAGAUCCAGAGAGAUCGGUGGACCCUGAAACUCAGGCUCGAUUAGAAGCACUGCUGGAAGUAGCUGGUAUUGGCAAGUUGUCAUCGGGCGAUGGGAAGCACUUGCCUGAUCACGAAGUGCUCCGUCGCUUAACAUCUAGUGUUUCUUGUGCAUUAGAUGAAGCAGCAGCUGCGUUAACUCGUAUGCGCAGCGAUAAUCCACGCACACAAAACGAAAAGCGCUCUCUCGUAGAGGCUUGCACUGACGGCGACGUAGGUACUGUCAGAAAAUUAUUAACAGAAGGACGCAGCGUUCACGAAACUACAGAGGAGGGAGAGAGUUUGCUCUCUCUCGCCUGCUCAGCCGGAUACUACGAACUUGCUCAGGUACUUCUGGCGAUGAGUGCAAAUGUAGAAGAUCGUGGCAUAAAGGGGGACUGUACCCCUUUAAUGGAAGCUGCCAGUGCGGGGCACGUAGACGUCGUAAGCUUGCUUAUUGCUCACGGAGCUGAUGUCAAUGCUCAAUCUACUUCAGGUAACACACCCCUUAUGUAUGGCUGCGCGGGUGGUCACGAGGAGGUAGUGCGAGUAUUGUUGGAAGCAGGUGCCAAUGUGGAAGAUCACAACGAGAAUGGUCAUACUCCGUUAAUGGAAGCAGCUAGCGCUGGCCAUGUUCCAGUAGCCAAGAUCUUGCUGGAACAUGGUGCCGGUAUUAAUACUCACUCGAACGAAUUCAAAGAAUCCGCGUUAACCCUGGCUUGUUACAAAGGACACUUGGAGAUGGUCCGCUUCUUGUUGGAAGCCGGCGCUGAUCAGGAGCACAAAACUGAUGAAAUGCACACUGCCCUUAUGGAAGCAUCGAUGGACGGUCACGUAGAAGUAGCUCGUUUAUUGUUAGAUUCGGGUGCGCAGGUGAAUAUGCCAACGGACAGUUUCGAAUCUCCGUUGACUCUGGCCGCGUGCGGCGGCCACGUCGAUCUGGCUAUGCUCCUGAUCGAGCGAGGGGCUAACAUCGAGGAGGUAAACGACGAAGGUUAUACGCCGUUGAUGGAAGCUGCGCGCGAGGGGCACGAAGAAAUGGUGGCGUUGCUUUUGAGCCAAGGAGCUAAUAUCAAUGCUCAAACGGAGGAGACCCAAGAAACAGCGCUUACGUUGGCCUGUUGCGGCGGUUUUCUCGAGGUCGCUGAUUUUCUGAUCAAAGCGGGAGCCGACAUCGAGUUAGGUGCCUCGACUCCUCUGAUGGAAGCCGCGCAGGAAGGCCACUUGGAGCUCGUUCGUUAUCUACUUGAAUCUGCUGCGGACGUUCACGCUCAAACGCAAACCGGGGAUUCGGCACUGACGUACGCCUGCGAGAACGGUCACACCGACGUAGCGGAUCUUUUACUGCAGUACGGUGGUGACUUGGAGCACGAAUCUGAGGGAGGAAGGACACCGUUGAUGAAGGCGUGUAGAGCCGGCCAUCUCUGUACGGUUCAGUUUCUUAUAUCGAAACGCGCCGAUGUUAACAGGCAGACAACGAAUAAUGAUCAUACACCCCUUUCGCUGGCUUGCGCCGGCGGACACCUCGCAGUCGUCGAACUGUUGCUUGCACAGUCUGCGAGUCCGUUUCAUAAAUUGAAGGACAAUUCAACGAUGUUGAUAGAAGCUGCGAAGGGUGGCCAUACCAGUGUAGUACAACUCUUGUUGGACUAUCCUCAUAGUAUUAUGAUGAGCACACCACAUAAUACGACACCUACACCUAUGUUGCUACCACAGCAACAACAACAACAACAACAACAACAACAACAACAACAACAACAACAGCAGCAGCAGCAGCAGCAGCAGCAACAACAGCAGCAGCAGCAGCAGCAGCAGCAGCAGCAGCAGCAGCAGCACAUAGUCCAUCAACAACAUGUGCCCCAUCAACAGCAUACAUCGACGCAACCUCAGCCACAACAACAACAGCAUGCUGCGGAUCAAUCGCAAAUUCAAAAUCUUCCACCUAAACAUAACACGCAAAAAUCAUUGUUAAGAAAGAAUCGAUCUGUAACCAUGAUGCCCGAUAUGAGUUUAACUUCUGCGGAGGCGCAACAAGUUCGAUCUCAGCCCGCAGGAGAGUCGAUCGUGACAACUAAGGACGACACGAAUAUUCUGGACAAGGGUAGUGGAGGAUUUACAAAUCUCUCAGAACCUAACAUUAGUCUCAGCCCUGCUCCAGCGCCGACACCAGGAUUAAAUCUCACCGAGAACCGAAAGAACACUCGGCAGGAGCAGAUUCUUCAUAAGCAACAAAUUCUCGAGGAACUACAGAGGGUAGAGAGAGAACUUCAAAUAAAGGGCGCGGGACACUUGUUCUCCGCUUCAAGAAAUUCAGUCGUCACUCAGCAACAGCAACCGCAACAGCAACAGCAGCCACCGCAACAGCAGCAGCAACAGCAAGAGGACUCUAAUAAAGCGGAUGCGUUGUCACCAGGUUUAGUUUGCAGUACAACCGGCAUGCCUGGAAAUUUGUUGACUCAUCAAGAUGCGAUGUCCUUGUAUAGUGCAUUUCUGGCAGGGAAACGAGCGAAAGAAGCUCAGCUAGCGUUCGAGAUGUCUGAAAAUUUUCCUACGACAAACGCUUUCCCUAAUUCUCCUCCGCUGACGACGUUACCCGCCGUUACGUCUGUUCCCCUGCUUACUUCUACGACAUCCUCGACGACCAUGCCAAGUCCUCCGAGCAUAUCGACGCCACCCACUGUCAUGGCUAUUUCCCAACCGAUUACCGCGAGCAGUGACGUUAGCCAAAGCACCGCUAUAAACGAUCGACCGAAAGCGAAACCUGUCUCUAAGAAGGAGGGUAAAAAUGUCCGAAAAGCUUCAUCGAACGUCAUGGGUGGGAAGCUGUCGCAACAGCAACAACAGCAGCUGCAACAACAGCAGCAACAGCAGCAGCAAGCUAACUUGAUGGCUGGCCUGCAGCAACAGUACCAGCAAAAACGACAGCAUACUUAUCAAGUUCAACAGGUACACCAGAUGCAGCAGCUCAAUCAGCAGUUACAGUUACAACUGGAUCAAGUGCAGGUACAACAGCAGCAGCAGCAGCAGCAACAACCGCAAGUUCAACAGCAACAACAACAGCAGCCGCAGCAGUUGCAGCCGCAGUUACAGCCACAGCAAUCGCAGACGCAGCAGCAGACAGUAGUCGCUGCUAACGGAAAUAACAUACUUAUGCCUACCCAGCUGAUAUCGCAUCUUCAUCCCACUCAUACUCAUCAUCUGCACGACCAGCAAGCGACUCAGCAAAAUUUAACGGAACAGGGAGAUCCAGAGUUAGCGAGAUUACAUCGCGACGGAGCUUGUCCGUUUGUUGCCGCAGCUCAAAAAGCAAAGGCUCUUUGUACCAGCGAAAGUGUCAUUAAGUUAGAGGAUGGUACGCAUAUACCCUUGGACGACGCUUUCGAAAUAUUUCGAUCUAUCAGUUUCGACGAUACUGUCGAUGCAACAGAGGAUCAAGAGAAGCUCGAGUCGAAAAGAUUAGAGAUUUCUAAUAGUAAGGAUUCUCAACAACCGCAACCGCAGCAACAUCAGCAGCAACAGCAGCAAUUGCAAACCACUCAGAUCGUUCAGCAAACGACCAGUCCUUACGCGUCUCAAGAGUAUUUUACUAAUCCUGUGUUACCCACUUUACCUUCGCUUCAAGUGACCAGCGCCGAUGCUCAAAUUCAAGCCGACGUUCCGACAGGUUUACAGUUAACCGGUACGCAAACUCUGCAAAACCAAACGCUUAAAGAUCGUUUCGAAUUGGAAGAACUCCAAGCGGGAUAUCUCGACGGUUUCCGAUGCCAUUUUCAACCGCAACUACUGCUCCAACCUUCUCAAAUAACAUUUCCCACGCAAGCUUUGCCAACCGUGACCGAAGCAACAGGAAUAAUAGAUAAUGUACCCCAUCAAACGAACGGCUAUGCUCAACCAACGGCUUGCAGCACUAAUCAGGUCCAAGUGGCGACCCAAACCCAAGCACCAGCGGCGACGACAGCGGCGACGACCGUCGCCCCGGACAAAAAACAAGUUUACACCACGCCUUCGACGGGUAAAGGGAAGAAGGGCCGUUAUCCGCUUUUAUCUCAACAAUCGUCUUGUCAGCAGCAACAGCAGGCGGCUAACACUCAACAACAGACUCCGAGUUUCCCCAGUCAGAACUAUCAGUUGGAUCCGACGACAGUCGCUGGACAAUAUACAACGGGCGUCCCAACAGUCGGAGGUUACACUACUAGUCAAGUACCACCUGCACCAUUUUCUUGCAUGGACGUGGAUUCUGAAACGGACAGUAAUCAUGACACGGCUCUCACCUUGGCAUGCGCUGGCGGACACGAGGAGCUCGUUGAACUUCUGUUGAGCCGUGGUGCAGACAUAGAGCAUAGAGAUAAGAAGGGAUUCACCCCGCUAAUUUUGGCAGCGACAGCUGGCCAUCAAAAAGUAGUAGAGAUCCUUCUGAACCACGGAGCGGAUAUAGAGGCUCAGUCCGAACGUACCAAGGAUACGCCCCUGUCACUUGCCUGUAGCGGCGGUAGAUACGAAGUGGUAGAGUUGCUACUUAAUCGAGGCGCUAACAAAGAACAUCGCAACGUUUCCGAUUACACGCCUUUGAGCCUCGCAGCGUCCGGUGGAUACGUUAAUAUAAUCAAGCUUCUCCUUAGUCACGGUGCUGAGAUCAAUUCCCGAACAGGCUCGAAGUUAGGUAUCUCGCCGCUGAUGCUGGCUGCUAUGAACGGUCACGUCGCGGCGGUGAAAUUGUUGUUAGACAUGGGUAGUGACAUCAACGCUCAAAUAGAAACGAAUCGCAAUACGGCGCUUACGUUGGCAUGUUUUCAAGGAAGACACGAGGUGGUCAGCCUCCUCCUCGAUCGUAAAGCUAACGUGGAACAUCGAGCUAAGACGGGACUGACACCGUUGAUGGAGGCAGCCAGCGGCGGAUACGUAGAAGUUGGACGCGUUCUACUUACCAAAGGAGCGGACGUGAACGCCACUCCGGUCCCAUCGUCUCGCGAUACUGCCCUCACGAUCGCCGCUGACAAAGGACACUGCCGUUUCGUAGAAUUACUGUUGUCGCGAGGGACGCAAGUGGAGGUAAAGAACAAGAAGGGGAACAGUCCGUUAUGGUUGGCUGCUAACGGUGGACAUUUGAACGUUGUCGAUCUGCUGUACCACGCGAAUGCGGACAUAGAUUCGCAGGAUAAUCGUAAGGUCUCUUGUUUGAUGGCCGCUUUUCGUAAGGGGCACAUCAAAGUGGUGAAGUGGAUGGUAAAUCACGUCACUCAAUUUCCGAGCGAUCAAGAAAUGACAAGAUAUAUCGCCACAGUCAGCGAUAAGGAGCUGUUAGAGAAGUGUCACGAGUGCGUGAAGGUGAUACGAGCAGCGAAGGAGACUCAAGCGGCGAAAGCGAACAAGAACGCGACGAUACUGUUGGAGGAACUCGAUAUGGAGAAGACCAGAGAGGAGUCGAAGAAAGCGGCGGCUGCUCGUAGGCGGGAGCGAAAGAAAAAGAAGAAACUCGAGAAGAAAGAGGAGAAACGUAAGUUGCACGAGGAGUAUAAGAAAAGUACAAGCGAGACGAAUUACGAAGAUAAGGAGGAGAACGGGAAGAAGUCUGGGGACGAGGACUGCGACAGGGCGGAGGACAGUGAACACGAAACCGGGGACGGUAGCGAGAGGAUGGACAGUAUGCCAUCGCCGGUCAACAGAAGCCCGGAAGAUCCGGACAGAGAGGAGGGCGAUAGUGGAAUCGAUGCGAACAGCCAGGGCAGCUGUAGUAGCAACGACGUGAAAGCUAGAGAGAAAAAGAAAGAGAAGAAGAAGAAAAAGUCUGUCAAUUCUACCAACAGCAGCAAUGAGAAGGAUACAUCUCCGCAGAGAUCGCCAAAAACUGUUGGUAUGCAGAGCAACACCAACUUGCCACAAAAUUCCAUUACACCGACCAAGGCUCAGAACAACAACGCGUCGGAAAAGAGAAUCAUGAUCAACGUCGCCAAUACCACCGUGCCCGUGUCUACGACGUCUGUCACGAUGACUUCUAGGUCUAGUGCGAACGUAAAUUGCACCGAGCGUAAACUGAAAGGUCAGUUGGUAUUCGAAUCGUCGAGACACCCUGCCGAUAGAGAGGAUUUCGAAGCGACCGGAAACGAGACGUAUACUCCGGGUAAAGGGAAAAAAUCUUACGUCAAUCAGUAUGACGGCGAUGCGUUGAACACUUCGACGAAGACGAGUAACGCUGCCAGCCCGAAGCAGAACGGCAAGCGCGAAGAAGGCUGGAAAGAAGUAGUGCGAAAAGGACAAUCCGACGAUUCUGGAAGAUUCAUGAAUUCACCGUUCCGCUCGAAGAAAGUUUCUGUACCACCGAACGCUAUUAGCCGCGUAAUCGGAAGGGGUGGAAGCAACAUAAACGCGAUCAGGGGUGCAACGGGGGCGCACAUUGAAGUGGAGAAACAGAGCAAGUGUCAGGGCGAACGAAUAAUCACAAUCAAAGGGUCGUCCGACGCGACGAAGCAGGCUCACACGUUGAUAGCCGCUCUCAUCAAAGAUCCCGACGUCGAUAUACUUCAAAUGCUUCCAAAAUCAAAGUUGACGGUCGUUACAACUUCCUCCUGGGACAAGACUGUUUCCACGAUUGCCUCGAGCAAAGCGAAGUUGGGUCCGAUAAGCAAACCGCCGAGUUUGACGUCUAGUUCCAAUAGCACGCAGAUCAAUAAGUCUAAUUAUACGUCCGGAGUACCCACCGUCAAUCAAUUGAUCCCGCUUCGAUCUUCGUCCAGCAUCAAACUCGCUGGAGCAUUCCCGACACCUUUACCACGCGCGACAGCACCCAGACUCGUAGCCGCAGCCGAGAAACGAGCACAAGCCGUAGCGGCGCAGAUGGCUUCGUCGUCGAACACUAAAACAACGAUGUCGUAUACGAGCGCGAUCAUGACCGCUGGACGAGCGACGAAAAUCGUAACGACGAGCACCACGCAAACGUUUGCAGCCAAGCUGUCCGAAAUCACUGCCUCGACGCAUACAUCCACCACUGUGAUGCAAUCCACUCACACCACGGUGAACAAGCAAAAAUCGUUGCAAGCGAACACGGUGACCGUCGUGUCAGCCACGGCCGCGGCAGUGGCCCAGACCUCGUCUCAGCAACAGUCCGUAGUCACUACAUCGCCAAAACACUGCCGACCACUGCCUACUUUGUCUGCCCCGCCAACUAUUGUCUCUCACUAUUCCGGAAAGUCUACUUAUUCCCCCGGCUCGAACCCAGCGGCGAUGUCGCCGGCAACGAGCACGGUAGUCGCCUACUGCUCGGAGAACUCCGCCGUUGCUUCGACGUGCACGAAUUCGAUGUCACGUGUAAGCCCGUCGCCUCCCAUAGUUUCGUCGCAAUGUCAGCAGCAGCCACAGCACCAACAUCAGCAACAGCAGCCACAACCACAGCCACAGUACCAACACCAACAGCCGCAGCAGCAACAACAGCAGCCACAACAGCAGCCACAGCAACAUCAACAUCAACAACCUCGUAGCUCGACACCCGUUUCGUCGUCGAUUCAAGAACAGCAGCAACAGCAACAGCAGCAGCUGCAACAACAACAACAACAACAACAACAACAACAACAACAACAACAGCAGCAGCAGCAGCAUCAGCAACAGCAACAGCAGCAAACGAAUACGACGCCUCUCGAGUAUUCCUUGUUCAAUGAUAGUUUUACGAAAGUCACUCAGCAGUCGAUGUGGGGCGAUCGAGAAAACGAAUCUCAAAAGGGUAUGAAUUUCGCGACCGUAGCUGGAGGUGGAGGAGUCUCCGUGAACAUAUCGGGCUCGACCUCGUCCAAGUUCAUAGACAGCGUUCCACCGCAGGUGGACGCCUCGAAGGCUCCCGGAUAUCGAGGAGCGACGAUGUGUUCUCCCGUCUCGAGUAAAUCGAACAAUACGACAAACACGAACGCGACAGUGGUUAGCAUAGGAAGCGGCGUAUCGAAUUCGGGUCACACACCUAUCCAACCGUCACAGUUUCAAUCAUCUGGAAAUUACGGAGAGCCGCAUCAUCUCUCGAACAAGCCUCCCGGUAGCUUGGCCGUGGCGCGACCGGUAAUCCCGCAGCAGAGCAUGGAGAUGGGUACUGCCAUGGGGGCACAGUUCAGCAGGCCGGUGUUUCAAGGGGAAUUGACGGGGACACGGAACGCGGCCACGCACGUGAAUCAAGCACACGCAAUAGCUACAUCGCAGACCUUGGACGUGGGUCUGUUCAAAGGAAACAACGUCGGUGGUUACGAGCAUCCGAGCGUAAAUUCGAGCUUGUUGAAAAUGGUGCCGAACGAGGGACAGGCUCAUCCUCUUCUACCUUUCCACGCCCAUAUGCAGAAUUUCACGCAAACGAUAUCGGCGCCAUCCGCGUCGGCGAACACGACUGUCAGCAUGUCCAGAUUGAAUCCGAGAGCACCCGAUUUCUCCAGUUCCCUGCAUCUGAACAGCAAGCCGCAGGUGACGAUGUUCAACGCGGCGUCGGCAGCUGCUGCGGCGGCAGCGGCAGCGGCUGGAAUGCACCCGAACAUGUUCGCCACAGUGCCACCACCUCCUCCGUCCGCGAUCCAGACUAACAAUCUGGCGAUGCUUGGAAAUUUUCCUCUAGGAAAGUAUCAGGCACCGUCUCGAAACACUCCUGGCAACACCGGUAUCUCGGCUAACGGUCAAACUCGCUGGCCGUUCGCUCCGCCGGCGCCCCACAACAAUUACCCGCAGCCCCAUCAAGAUCCGAUGAUCGGACAGAUCGGUUUCUCCAACCACUUAGCGAACAUGACCGCGCAAUCUGGUAGCAUCGACCUGAUCACUAGUCUAGAGAACGGCGGUUCGCCGGCUAUAUCGCCUUCGUCGCCGGCGCAAGUGGCUCAGGAGAUGAGCCAGCUGAAGAUGGAGGAUCGAAAGGUGCCGCGGCCGAUCGGUACCGAGCGGGCAUGGAAGAAUUACGCGACGGCAGGGAUGGGACCAGGCGGCGACGCCGAUUCCAUCAAUUGGAUGCUGAGCAACGAAAAACUCGUUGGAUCUUGGGCGAGCUUGGCGCCGGGAAUGGACAGGCAUCCGAUGUAUCGAUCUAACGCCACUUACAAUCGUAUAUCCAACGUUGACGCCGAGCUUCAUCAGAUGAUGGAAUCCUCUUUUCAGGGCCAUGUGGAUACCCAACAGCAACAGCAGCAGCAACAACAGCAAGCGUCACAACAGCAGCAGCAACAACAGCAAGCGUCGCAGCAGCAGCAACAGCAGCAGCAACAGCAACAGCAGCAGCAACAACAACAGCAGCAACAGCAGCAGCAGGCCUUCCCUAACGGGAGCGCGACUGCUCUCUCGCUGAUGCCAGGGCUGACGCUGUUGCCGGGACAAUUUGGAACGCCAACAUUGACGGAAAUUCCUCCUAAUAACGAGGGGAACAAAAUGGAUCCACCAGCGUGGGGAAUACCUGACGCCGUGCAAGACAAGCAGCAUCCGGCAUGGAAUAAGUGGACUCACUAAGACGGAACGAAAUAGGUAGAAAGAGAAUAAAAAACUGAUAGCGAAGGCGGCUCGGCUUUCGCUACCUGGAUGAUAACGGAAUAGAAACCUGGAGCUUGAUGUAGUAAAUAGAUGAAACUGGACCUUGAGGCAUUGGUUUUUAGACAAUUAAAUUACGUCAUUUAUCCUAAUUGUAUCAAUCGCAACGCAGAUACGACUAUUAUUUGUCACGUUAGUUGAUAAGGCGGUAAAUUCUUACUACAACUUAUUACUAUUGCCUAGUGGUAGUACGCGAUAUAAAUAAUUACUGAAUUCGACGUGAAACGAGAAGAUGUUCAUAAGGAAUGAGAGAAAGAUGAAAAA